UCAAGACCAUGAAAGACAAGCGCGACUCCAUAUUAAGACAACUGGAGGGCAAACAGUGUGUGGACACCAAAGUGAUAGCUCUGUUGCUCAAGUCAUUCGUGGAUCAACUGCUCGACGGAUCCGAUAUGAAGCCCGACGUGGAUAUCAUAGCUCACGUGCGACAUGACUGCCACCGAAACAGCGGUUCCAGCCCUUCGACGGACAACGAUAUUGAGCUCAAGACACGGAUCAAACAGUUGGAGGCGAAGGUGGAGCGGGAGGUGAGAGACAAUCAGAUACUGCACAGCCGUCUGCAGACAUUUGGUGCCAAAGAAAGCGAUUACAAGAAACAGAUCAAAGAUCUCACGACACGACUCGAGAAAUCCCAAGAAAUAGAGACCCAAUUGAAGACCAAAAUAAACGAAUUAAACAAUAAAACAGAUAUCAAUGAAAGCAACCCAUCAUUUGACCAUCAGAUCAGAUACCGGAUUAACGAAGAACUCAUUCGCCGACACUCUUCGCCGCGAAAGACUGAAGUGAUGUUCAAAGAGACAAACGGAGCGACAGAUGAGAUACAGGACGUGGAAACGGAAUCCGAUUCGGAGGAAGUCGAAGACCAGUUGAUUAAGAAGUGUUUGAAUACAAAACUGUUCGUUAAUAUCGACAAAAUUAAUGGAUCUCCUAAUAAGUCAAACCUUAUGAAUGGCCACAAAGUCGACGAAAUAGACAUUUCUGACAACGAAUCGAUGGAAGAGAUGUCGAAACCGGAGGCAUCGACUCCAUCGCCGGAGAAGUCACCGAAGAAGGGCCCGAAAUACUCAAUAAAAUACACUCAAAUCAAUGAAUGCACGUAUGUUUGCAAUUCAUUGGGAUGUGAUUUCAUCUGUUCCUCCAUACGGGACAUCCGAUGGCAUAACCGUAACGAUUGCGCCGACACUCCCUUCCAGUGCGAUGUCUGCCAAUUGAUGUUUCAGCACAACUCGUCUCUCAAGUCGCACAAGAAGUUCAAACACCCGGAGAGCAGACAAACACGCAGUGAAGACCAGACGCCAACCCGUCGUAAGAGGAGUCGAUCGGUUGAGGCGACCACUGAUCGACAGUUGCGACAGAAUCGACGCCAAACACAGAUCUUCAGCCCUGUCUUCCCUAAGAGAUGGAAGAGAGAACCCAUCGAUUUGACGGUUUAAGUCAUUCAUUGUCUCAUCGCUUCACAAGUUUUCCUUUAGUUUUCCAAAAACUGGUUUAAUAUAUAAUUUAGGAUUAAUCUGUUGUUUGUGUGAUUACCGUACAAUCCAAUGAACGCAUACUUAAUUACAAAUUUAAGACAUAUUUA